AUAAAAAGUUAUUCUUCAUCCCACUCCCCUUUUGAGCUAGAUAAAUAGUGUAUGUGCAAAAAAUAAGUACAUAAAUAAAUGAAGUGCACUAUUGACAGACAAGUGCUGAAAUGCAUAUGUGUGUAUUAACACUUAGAGUAUGGUGGAUAAUUAUAUAUCGCAAGUAUAUAUUUUUUUAAACCUUGAACAAAUAGCAGAAUAUCUUUAUUUCUAUGACACUUUUCACAGAAAGAAUCUCAACGUGCUAUUCAAAUAGACAGCAAAGGCGACAGGUGAAUCCCUCCCUCCUAUGAUGGUACGGCACCUGUCACCACACCCCUGCUGCUUUGGGAUCGCACAAAGGGACGUUUUCAGAAGUGAAAUGUACAACCUUCUAAGCUAGAACUUCAACGACCAGAUAGCACGCAGGGAUAAAACCCAGGCAAAUAAAAAGGGAUAGCAAAAAAAAAAAAGCAAUGGAAGAGCAUUUUUUUUACCCCAGUGGAACCAUUUUAAAACCGGAGGAACCUGCCUGCACUGGUGUUAAAAUUAGUUUUAGCAUUAGUAUGCAUCUGUGAUCCAUACUAAUGCUGCAUACGAAUAGCAGCGGCUUUUGUGCUUUGACAACUUCCUCCCACUUAAAAAGGUGUUAGACAUUUUGUCUGUGGAUUAAAACGCAGGUGCACUCAUUGAUCUAAGCCUGCCAUCGUUCCCGAAACCAAACAGCAGAUUCCUACAAAGAUGAGGACUCUGGGAAUCGGGUGGAGUGUACUGCUCAUUCUAUGCUUUAUUGUUAUCGGUUUAAGAUAUUCAUCUGUUUUCUUAUUGGGAAAUCUACCAGUUUUUAGUGAAGCAAUCAUCAGACCUUCUGUUGUUUCGGAUGGCACACUGAAUUAUGAGAUCAGGUAUGAUGUGGAGACACGCAGUCCAUGGAGUGCUCCAAUCAUCUGGGAACUGAUGUUUGACCCUCGUCUUUAUGAUGAAGCUCACAAACUAGCAGGCACAUCUGUGGCCCUGACUGUGUUUGCUGUUGGGAGGUACCUGGACGCCUACUUAAACACUUUUUUGACUUCAGCAGAAAAACACUUCAUGGUUGGAUUACCUGUAACCUUUUAUGUGUUUACUGAUCAACCAGAAAAAGUCCCAAACAUAACUUUAGCUCCCCAGCGACAUGUGAAAGUGAUCAAGGUGGAGAAGUACAGCAGAUGGCAGGACAUCUCGAUGAUGAGGAUGAAGACAAUAUCAGAAAUGAUAGAAAAAGAGCUCCGUCACAAAUUCAACUAUGUCUUCUGUUUCGAUGUGGAUCAGGAAUUUAAAGAGCGCUUUGGCUCUGAGGCGCUCGGGGAGUCUGUGGCAACUAUUCACGCUCACUUUAGAAAACUUCCAAAAGAGCUGUACACCUAUGAUCGAAACCCCAAAUCCAAAGCCUACAUGGAAAAAGGAGAUUACUAUUACCAUGCGGCCGUCUUUGGAGGUUCGUGUGAUAAGGUUAAAGCUUUGGCAGAUUAUUGCUAUCUGAACAUAAUGGAGGACAAAUUGAACAGCGUUGAAGCUUUGUGGCACGAUGAAAGUCAUCUGAACAAGUAUUUCUGGCUUAACAAGCCCACCAAGUUGCUGUCCCCUGAGUACUGUUGGGACCCAUAUAUAGCUGACAUGAAGAACAUUCUUGUCACUCGCUUAUUAUGGGCACCAAAGCAGUAUGAGAAAGUUCGUACUUAGCAGAUAGGCUAGAAAAACAGCUGAGCAAAACAAACAAAAGCAACUUUUAACUAUACAUAGAUGUCAAAUUUUGGAUUAUUAAUCGUGACUUAAUGGGGAAAAAAAAGGUACACAUGUAAAUGAUGCCAUUAUAAUUACUCGUAAAUACAAAAACACACACUUGUAUGUACAGCCCAUGAUGCAUUGAAUCCAGUGCACUGAUUAUGUACGGAAAGCGAAAAUAUAGAUAAUUCAAAUAAAUCUUUUGAGCUGAAGGUUUUUUUUACAGUGUUCCCCCACGUAUUCGCAUUUCUUUACUCGCAGUUUCACAUAUUUGCAGAUUUUUUUCCAGUCCUGUGACUCUUCCGGUACGUUCUAUAAAACUCUGACAAUUCAAGACGCUAGUAUGAAACUUUUUUCAUCUGAAGGAGGUGCUGAGGUGCAUCUCCGCACAGCAGACCCCCCUCCGGAACGCAGAAUUGGUGGAUGUCUCUGGUCCCUAACCUCUGUGAACACGUGGAGAAUACUGUAGUAAAUGAAGGCUUUUUAUACUUUUAUACUACAUUACAUGAAGGUUUUUCAUACUUUUAUAUUAUGUUACAAUUUUAUACUUUAUUGACAAAUGGAUGAAUGCAUUAAAGGACUACAUUCCAAUUGAGUUUUUUUGGUCACUUUCAUCCUCAUCAAAAAACACACAGAGGUUAACUGGUGUGACCUCACAUAACACUAGAAACAUUAGGAACAAGUGAAUAAAGGUUGCCGAAGACAAGCACAACAGAGUUUUAUUCUUCACCUUUCGUGUCUAUCUGUGCAAUUGGCAGAUUGCCCUUGAUCAAAUUUUCUGUAAUUGGAGAGCAGUAAAUGUGGUUUCCUAAACCAGUUUUGCAAGAAAAAAGAUAUGCUUGUGAGAAAAUUUCAGAAGUUCAACGGUGGAGUAAUCAAGGUGCUGAUAGAUCAGAGUAAUUUUCAAGGAACA